AAGAAAAUAGUAUAUUUUAAAGUGUUAAAUGGUGGUGCAUAAAGUAAACAUGUCGAAGACAAACACUGUUUGUAAACUACCGUCUAAUAAUGCAAAGCAUCAAAGAAAUUCAAAAUCUGCAGAUCAAAUAUGUUCGAAUCUGCCGAAGAAUGUGUGUACUCGAACCACUCAAUGUAAAUCAAAUCAUUUGAAACAUUGUUGUUGUUCGUGCAACGGAAAAGAGUUGGAUGAAAGAGGAGUUAAGAAUAGAGGAGCAAGAAUGAAAGUAAUUCCCAAGAAAAAAACGGCGCCGCAAAAAAUACUAACGAAAAAAGAAUAUGAAGAGUUUCGAGAAUGUAGUGGUCAUAUGACGAAAGAAGAAAAAAUAGUAGCUUUCGAAGCAGAAAAAGAAGAAAGAAAAAGACUUAUAAAGGAAAGCUUGGAAAGGAAAAAAGAAUUUCAAAAAAUAGACAUGCAUCGACCUCGAGAGAAAAGCGCAACAUUAAUUGAAAUUGAAGAGGAAGCUAGAAAAAGAACGAAACACGUUCUUGAAAGAGCACAGGACAUGAAACUUGAACAGGAAGAAGAAAUCCAGGAAUGCAACAAAAUCAUAUUAGAAACUAAAUGCCGUGCCAUUCGAGAUGCACAGAUAGCAGAGAAAAAACUGGUUGAACUUGAAUUGGAAGAAGAAGAAAAACGUCUCAACAAUAUGAUGGAAAAUGAAAGAAGAUGGGCAAUCAAAGAAGAACUUAAGAAAGAACAAGAAGAGGCAGCACGGAAAUUAGAAUUUGCCAACAGAUUAAAGGAUCAAAUACAGGAGAAUGAGGAACACAGAAUGCUAGAAUUUGCAAGGAAGCAGGAGGAAAGCCGGCUAAUUAAUUUAAACAAUAUUGCUUGGCAGCAAGACGAAAUUGCAAAAUUGCAAAACAAAGAAUCGGAACAUGCACGAAUUCGACAAGAAAUUGCUGAAGGAAACGAGCAAUUGAAACAUUUUAAAGCCAUGGAAGAGCACGAAAAUAAAAUCAUUAAUCUUAGUAUUCAAGAGUACCAACGACAGAAGGAGGAGAGAGAAAAAAAAUUGUCGGAAGAACGGAGGCUUGAAAAGUUAAAAAAGGAAGAGGAAAAAGCGAGAGUAGCGACCCAGGCUAUGCAAUCUAAAGAUAUUCAAAUACGUAUCGACGAAUUGAAUGCAGCACGGAUUCAGGAAGAAGUAGAACGAGAGUGGAGACGAAAGGAAAAGGAAAAAGCUUUGAAAAGAGCAGAGGCUCAAAAAUUUCUUAUAGAGGAACGAGAAAAACAAAUACUUAACAAACGAAUAAUGCAGGCAAUUGAACUGGAACGGGAACGACGCGAGUUUGAAAAAAUUGUACGAGUUCAGAAAGAAGCUUUUUGUCGAGAUCAAGAACAACUUGAAAAGAAACAACGACAAGCUUUAAUUCACAGGAGCGAAAUACUGAAACAGGUAAACGAGAAGGAAAGAGAACGUAUAGAAUCUAGAAAAAAAAUGUUCGAGGAAGGUUUGGCAAUUCGUACAAACGUCGAAAUGCGUAAAAAAACAUUGCGCGUAGCAAUGGAGAGGAAAUGUGAUGAAAUGAGAAGCAAUAAAGUACCUGAAAUGUACAUUAACGAAGUGAAACGAAUGAUCGAGAGUAUACAAUAAACUGGUCAUUACCAAAUUGCGAUCUAUCGAUUAAUCGAACACGACAUGUUUAACGAAAUAUCGUGUAUCUAUUCAAAUGAAAAAGUUCGUUGCAUUUAUCGAAAGUGUAGAA